AGGGACAAAGACGCUGAAAACCUUGACUACACUCCAUUUAUACGCAAAGUUUUCGGUCUAUACACACGGCACAAGAAAUAUGCUGAGAAUGGCGAGGAGACACGUUCCAUUGCCCGUGAGUGUGAUCUAGUAUGAAUACAGCUGCUGAGUGUCAAGUUGGUCAACCGUACUCCCAGAUCAAACCACAGUCUCGCCGGUAGACUAUCCUAUACAGGACCAGUGCGCCGUUGUCCUUUCCAACAACAUUGACUGGUUGUCUUACAAUGGUACGCCGCGACUGGAGAUGACAUACACCGAAAAGACAAUGAAGGGGAAGUCGUACACCGCGGGAAAACCAACUCGCGGAGCGCUCUUCACGGUUGUCCAACGCAACCUGGCUCAGAACAAGACUGACAUCGUUGAUUCGUUGAACUAUAUGGGGAGAUUUCAUUGGAUGUAUCGCGCUGCGACGGAGAUCAACGAUCGGGUCUGUAUGGCUUGGGUGUAUUGCUCGCUACUCUCGAUCUAUGCAAGCAAUGCAACAGCGAACGCACGGAUGGCAAUGCACAUGCACAUGCCCCCAGCGACAUGCGCCAUCGACCUCUUCCACAUUAUGUACAAGCUAACUUCACGUUACUUGCCUUGCGAAUCUGGUACAACGCUAUAAAGAUCCCUCUUCGAUGGUCCGAUGGGACUAUUAUGUAGUGUGUGCAGUAU